UAUUUUUUGCAGCUACUUCCAAAGAUGCCCCAGAACCAACCUUCACUUCCUUUCCUAAUCUCUUCUUGGACAAUUGCAGCUCUCUUAACAGUACUGCUUGGAGGGCUCUGGUAUUUAUCGAUCCAUCUCCGGCAUGUAUCAAGGGCCAAGCAACAAAGUGAUGGCCAUCGUCUACUACCACCGGGUCCUUGUGGGCUUCCAGUUCUCGGCAAUCUUCUAAUGUUGGGUGAUCUCCCUCACCGUAACCUCCAUCAAAUGGCCCAGAAGUAUGGACCCAUCAUGUACAUCAAGCUCGGCCUUGUGCCAACUGUGGUGGUAUCAUCAGCUCAGGCAGCUGAGUUGUUCCUGAAGACACAUGACAGUGUCUUUGCAAGUAGACCUUACAGUAUAGGUUCUGAGUAUAUGUCUUAUGGGAACAAAGGCAUAGCUUUCUCACAAUACGGUACAUAUUGGCGCAACAUGCGCAAGCUGUGCAUCAAAGAGCUACUAAGUGCAGCAAAGGUUGAGUCAUUCAAGCAGAUGAGAAGGGAGGAGAUGGGCCUCUUUGUUGGAUCUCUUAGGGAGGCUGCCAAAGCUGGUGCAGUGGUUGAUAUGAGUGCCAAGGUGGGAUCACUGAUUGAAGAUAUGAUCUUCCGAAUGCUGAUUGGUGACAAGGUCGAUAAUUCCCUAAAACCAGCUGUCGAGGAAUUCCUUAAGCUUCUUAGUGCUUUUAAUCUGGCUGAUUUAAUUCCUUAUAUCGGAACACUUGACCUUCAGGGACUGGGUCGACGCAUGAAGGAAGUUAGCAAAGUCUUUGAUGGGUUUUUAGAGAAGAUCAUUGAUGACCGCAUAAGCAAACCUAAAGAUUUUGAUGACGACCAGAAGGACUUCAUUGAUGCGAUGCUGCCUUUGAUGAUGGAAUCAAACCCUAUGCAGGCAAAAGAGCAUCAUUACAUGAUCGAUCGGACUAAUAUAAAAGCAAUCAUUUUAGACAUGAUUGUGGCUGCAACAGACACAUCUUUUGUCACAGUUGAAUGGGUCCUUUCUGAACUCUUAAGGCAUCCUAAGGUGAUGGAAAAACUCCAGGAGGAGUUGAGGAAUAAAGUUGGCAUAGAUCGGCAAGUGGAGGAAGAUGAUUUAGUUAAGCUGGAGUACUUGGACAUGGUUGUGAAGGAAGCCAUGAGGCUUCAUCCUGUUGUUCCAUUCCUACUUCCCCAUGAGUCCUUGGAGGACAUAACAAUCAAUGGAUACCAUAUACCCAAGAAGUCUCGUGUGAUUAUAAAUGCAUGGGCAAUUCAAAGGGAUCCUAAUGUGUGGUCGACUUAUGAUGAUGCUGAAAAAUUCUUGCCUGAAAGAUUUAUAGGAACUAAUAUUGACAUCCGAGGGCAUGACUUCCAACUUAUCCCAUUUGGAUCAGGUCGUAGAGGAUGUCCUGGUAUGUAUCUGGGCCUAACAAUGGUGAAACUAAUACUUGGACAAUUGGUGCAUGGUUUCAACUGGGAGUUACCCAAUGGCAUGUUACCAGCUGACUUGAACAUGACUGAGAAAUUUGGUAUAGUUGCUACAAGAGCCAACCAUCUACUUGCUGUUCCGAUUUUAUGUGUAUGAGUGUUGGGCUUGGAUGUUGUACGUAAGGUAUCCCAAGUAAUAAUUGUGUAGUAAUUUGAGUAGUUACCUAGUGUAGUUAUUUAAGUGGUAAUUGGUAUGGACUUGGAUCUUCUCAAGUGUAUUAGUGAUUUUAGUGUGCAUCAGAUGGCUGGUAACAUUCGGCCACACA